GAUGGCGUGCUAGAAGGUAAAAAAAAAGAGAAUUUAGAGUAAUUUGACCUCUUCACUUGCUGUUUUUGUGUGAGCUGUCAACAAUAUGUUUAUGUAGACUAAACCGCAGUUCUCUGUUUUGUCUGUUUAGUUGAUCUGAUUAGAUCUUUGUAUAAAAAUCUUUGCCAAAGGGUUGAGGUAUGUACUACCCGGUCAAUUGGCCAAGAGUAAUCCGGCUGCCCACUCUGGGUAGCCCGAUUAUUCAUCGAGUCGUAUGCAAUAGGGAUAAAAUCCUUGUAGCUGUUUUGUCUUCCGACACCCUCACAAUACUGUAUAAUAAGCCAUGUGUUCCAGUGGCCUGCUUGAAACGAGACGAUAAAUCACUAAAUGAACACGGAGAAAAUCAGGAAGUGGAGUGGAAGCCAGAUUCUUCUGCUAUUGCCAUCACUACAUCUAAGGGCUACUUGUCAUUCUAUGAUCUGAGUUUCCUGUCAGAUCAGCAACACUUGUACGAGCAGAAAGAUUCUUCAGUUCCAGGAUUGAGAAGAGAGAGUGCUGAAUUAUUUGUUAAAGACAGCAUUCCAGCAUUCAGUCUUAAGCACUGCAAAACAAUACCAAUUGACAGUGGUGCUACAGGGAUGGUUUGUAUUCGGGAUGAACUGAUGGUGGCAACUAAAUAUGGUCAUAUUUUGCGAUAUCAUUGGAAUGGAACCCUCAAUCGCGACUAUUGCCUUGACUUGAGGCGGGUGCCCUUUUGCGUUGAUCAACUUGCUGCCAGAGCUGUUCCCAUAACAGAACCAAACACAUUCGUCUCACUAAUAGAUUACUCCCCAUUACUGGGCGGGUUCGCUGUAGUCCUAAAUGAUGGAAGAGGUGCCUUCCUUACAGCCACUACCCUGAAGUUUGAUCCAAAUCAAGUCCAAGGUAUUUGGGCUCCACUAGAUGAUGUAACGUGCACGGCUAUAAAUCACAGGUAUCGCUUGGUUGCAUUUGGCCGGCGUAAUUCGCAUGCGGAUGUUUACACUAUUGAUGAAACAACUGGUGGAUUACAACUUUCCCACACCCUGCAGCUCAGCAGCAAAGAUUUCCCCGGUUCACCUGGUCCUGUUCAGCUGCUCAAGUGGAGCCCAGACGGCUGCUGUUUGGCCCUUUGCUGGGCAGAGGGAGCUGUUUCUUUAUGGUCCACUUUUGGCGCGUUGUUACUUUGCACGCUUAACUGGGACUAUGGUUCAGCUCAACAUCAUUCUUUGACCGUUCGCGCUAUGGACUGGGGCAUCGAAGGCUAUCAACUCUGGAUGAUAUCUUUGUCCGGCGAUGUACUGACUCAGAUGGAGUUGCUGAAAUCACCUUUGACAGCUAACCCUUGCAUGAGCUCUAAAGAAAGGCUUUAUCUUCAUGGACAGGACCGAAUAUACAUAAACAUAAGUGACACAAGUCCGCGCCGAACUACAUCUUCUAGCGGUGGCGAUUCUGGUGCAUUACUAAGCAGCAAACAGUGGCUCGUAGUGCAAGCACCAUCGGCGUACAUGGCCGGCAAUUGGCCAUUAAGGUUCGCUACAUUGGAUGCCAAAUGCGAAAACCUUGCCGUGGCUGGUCGGACGGGUUUUGCCUUAUAUUCUUUUGCCACUCGACGCUGGAAACUGUUUGGAAACGAGUCUCAAGAACGUGAUUUUGUCGUAGCCGGAGGGCUUUUGUGGUUAGGUUCUGGAGGCCAAGCGCAUGUGGUUAUGGGCUGUUACAAUAUCGGUGCUGAUCGAGACGAAAUCCGACUCUAUCCACGUGACAAUCCUCGACUUGACAAUGCUUCCUGCACCAUACAACAAGUGGCGGGACAAAUUCUCCUGCUUAACAUGAUGCGGGAUACGUUAUUAGUUUACACCUCAGACUGUCAUAUUAGUCUUUUUGAAGCGGAGGUAUCAGGAAGUGGACAGCUUCAGUUAUCUCGUACACAAGAAAUUGACGUCAGUACGCUCGGUUUACAUCCUGCAUGCUUAGUGGCAGCCACAUUGACUAGCUUGAGUCAUGCCACGGAGCCUCAACAAACACACGGGUCGUCUUGUCAGCAAAAUAUUUUGCUCAACGUGUGCGGCCGUGUUCUCCUUAUACAGCGUAGCGAAGGACCGGACGAAAGUGACGAAGGGUCAGCCUACUACUCUGCGCCUACCGUACUGGCUUCAAGUGUUGAAAUUCUUUGGGUUCCCAAUCCCGAUAGAUUGUGUCCACGUAAACCACACUUAACGCAAGCGUUGUGGCUUUGUUGUGGUGCUCAUGGUAUGCGCGUUUGGCUCCCGCUCUAUCCACGUGAAGGCGACAAAGGACACCAUGCCUUCAUGUCCAAGCGGAUCAUGUUGCCAUUCCAGCUACACAUUUAUCCAUUGUCCGUUCUUUUUGAGGAAGCCAUUCUUAUAGGAGUCGAAACGGACACCUUACUUUAUCCUUCCAGUGGAACUUCGGAAAAUCCGUGGCUCAUUCCUUUGUGCGUAAUAGAACGCAACAGCCAAGUAUAUCUUCACCACAUUUUUCGACAAUUGAUUCGGCGCAACUUAGGAUUCCAUGCUUGGGAGAUCGCCCGUGGUUGCACUGCUUUACCCUAUUUCUCCCAUUCAUUGGAGCUGCUUUUGCAUGAGGUGCUAGAAGAGGAAGCAACAAGCAAAGAGCCCAUACCCGAUGCUUUAUUACCAAGCGUGCUCGAAUUCAUCCAAGAAUUUCCCGUUUAUCUAAAAACUAUUGUCCAGUGUGCACGGAAAACAGAAGUGGCUCUUUGGCCUUAUCUUUUCGGUGCUGGGGUAGCCGCCAAUCCUCGCCAACUGUUUCAGCGUUGUCUGGAUUCGAAGCAGUUGGAUUUGGCCGCUUCUUAUCUCAUUAUUUUGCAAAAUAUGGAACCUGUAUCAAUCAGUCGACAGUACGCCACUGUACUCUUGGAUGCUGCGCUUGAAAACUGUAGUUGGGAUCUGGCCAAAGAGCUGGUCCGCUUUUUACGUGCCAUCGAUCCCAGCGAUGCUGACUCAGCGACGCCCAGUUUCUCGUCGGCCUGGAAGCCUGGAUCGGCUCCUAGUCCUGCGGGAUCUCUCCUACCAUCAAAAAUUAGCUUGGGCUCGCAGACACCUCCAGUGAGUCCCAACCCCGAGGAUUUUAAUUUUUUAUUGGGAUCUACCGUUCACCGUCCUGGAAGUCGGACCGCUGGAAGCAUGAAAUCUCCGUCUUCGGAAACUAAUGCCGGAUUUCAUCGUGAAAUCACUCGCUCAAUUAGCGAAACAAUUCCAAUUAGCAAAAACUUUUCUACCCCACCAGCAGGGAAGGAAGUUCCGCCCAGGAAGAAAUCAGCUCCGGUUAAUUCUCAUCCAAUUACGAUCACAGCAGAACACGAUCCACCAGAUCCAUCACUAGAAGAACUCUAUAUGGACUUGAUUUUACAACGACAUGUUCGUCGUCUACUCUCAGCCGGUCGUCUGAGGGAUCUCGGCUACUUGGUUGCUCAUUUUGAAUGCCCAUUAGUGAACUGGCUGAGUAGAGAGAGAAUGAGAGCAGCCCGGGUGGAUGAUUUUGUUAGCGCCCUACGCCGUUUACAUACAGAUUUUAACUGGCCUUUCCCUACAGUGAGUAGUCAGAUCGUUCGGAAAUUAUCCAACCGUAGUAUAUCGCUUGAAGAGAAGUUGCAAGCAUUGGAAGUGGAUGUCACCGCUGCCCCUGUAAUGACAUCGGCUCAAUCUGAUCCUCCUUAUCAGCUAAAUGGUGACGCCUUACUCGAACCGAUUAAUGGUGGACUGUUGCUUCAAACAGUUGAAGCGCAGUUAAAACCUCAUGUUCCUUCCCAGGAAGAAUGGAGCGUCCAAAGUGAAGGGGAUCAAAUGAGUCUGGCUGGCGAAGAUCGUCUUAACGAUCUAGAUGGCUUGCAAGAAUCUUCGUGGGGCGUGCACACGAUGACGCUAGAAGUAGCAUCGGCUGCCGCUGCUAUUAACGAACCACUCCAGAAAGCCAACGCCCAAUCAGAAUUGCAAUUGAGAUAUCUGCUACAACUUUUCACCGAGGCUGACUGUUUGGAUUGGGCGUUGAUCUUGGCUGUGACCCUUCGAGACGCUAUGGCGGUUCUAAGGCUAGUCAGUAUGAUGAGAAGUGCUUUAAAUAGUUGUCAGCCAUCAAACCAGGCUGCAACGAUUGAAGUUGUCACGCGACUGAGAGAUGCGUUGCUAGCUUUGUCACAUUGGGCAGAGACGGAUUGCCAAGGCUAUCGACCUUUUAUGAAUGUCAUCUACGGGCAAGUGGGUAUUUUAACUAAACUUAUUCUGCCUCAAAGCAAUGGCCCGUUGACUUUACCCGCGGAACCAAGCGUUGUCUUAGAAUCUGGAGCAGCAACGCAGGGUACUGGCACUAAAUCGCGCCAUACUUCUGUGACUUUAUUGACGCCAUUGGGUCGCGUCCCGGAAGAGGAUAUGGAUAUUCCGGUUUUUAAGACCAAUGGUAAAUUGGACCUACCACCUGAAGGUGCUUUGUUGCAGCUCUCGCACCAGUUGGAGCAAUCAACGAAAAAAGAGCAGCAAGUCAAUCAACAUCAAGGCGAACCAGUACCAGCUCAACAGGGCUCCAGCUGUGUUAUUUCAUAAUCGCUUCUCUAUUUGUGCCACUCAGUAACUCGAUUUGGAUCUGUUUUCCACUCUCUUUUGUUUUUGAUUUGACAUUUGACUCGGAUUUCCAUUCCUAUGUCUAUUUCCCAAAUUGUUCUUGUUAUUCACCUCAAAACUUCAGAGCAGCUCGGUACAAAGCAAGAAGACGGGAAAUAGAAAGAAGAAUCAAACACUCUUCAACAUUGUGCGCUAUCGACAAACCGAUGUUGUGAAAUUUCAGUUUUCUUAACGAGACAUUCUGAUGAUAACGGGUCGGCCAUAGAGUACAGACAAAAAAUUGUAUAGAAAAAAAAAUUACUUUGUGUUUGUGCCUUAAAAAUUACGAAAUACAAAGGAGGGAUUCGUGUCCUAUUAUUACACCA